AUGGGAAAGAAAGUCAACUUAAACUCGGUGGCAGAAUUGCGCCUGGCCGUCGACGAGGCACUUCCAGAGCUAUUCCAGCAAUUGGGCUACGAACAAUCGUUUGCUCUUGGCGACCUCAAGCUUGCGCUCGGUUUUUCCACGGUUGCCAUUGCAGGCGGGCUCUAUUACUUGGAGAAAAACGUCUCGUUCAACGACAGCUACUACGUUAUAGUGGCACUCAUUGCGCUAUACGCUGUCAUUUCUGCGGCGAUGUAUGUUCUCUCGAAUGGCAAGGGCUACAAGAACAACAAGUACAUUGGGUUCAACGAGAAGAAACAGAAGAUUUCGGUGUAUGCGCUGGCGGAGCCCUUUGACCCGAUCUAUGACGUCAAGGUGGUCAUAAACGACAAUUUCUCUGCGCCAGUCACCGAGAGCAUUCCGUUUGCCAAGAUGUUUGAUGCAUUCGGCUUCUUGAACCACGAGGAAAGCAAGCAGAUAUUCAGAGAGCUUUUGGAGAAGAAGCAGCAGUAG